GAAAUCAAAAAAAGUUAAAAGAUUAAUAUGGCCAGCAGAGGUGUUGCACGAUUGAGAGAAACCAUAUUGUAUGUAUCUAAUAUUCCUUGGACUAUAGGAAAUAACGAACUCAAAAAUUACUUCACCCAAUUUGGAAAGGUUAUGAAAGUCAAUGUGGUUUUUGAUAAAAAUACUGGAUUCCACAGAGGCUACGGUUUUGUAUCUUUAAAGGAUUCAGAAACCACUCAAACUAUUCUCCAAAAAAGUAGACAUAUACUUGAUGGUAAACCCAUUGAAGUGAAAGCAAAAGAACAUUAAUUUGUUUUUAUUUAG